AUGCCACGUCUCUUUCGUCGAGGUAGCGAGGACCAAGGGCUCUCGGGUGAGUAUGAGUGGUCGGUCGUCCUUUUGCCGUACCCUUCACACGCGUCCGAGCAGCGGCUCGGGCAGCCUCGCAGCAGGGCCGAGCCGUGCAAUGAAGUCGAUCGCUUCAUACGCUCUGCGACGAGCGUCAUCACUCAGACGCCGCCUACGUUCACACGCAACUCAAUUCCACCCGUGCUGCCCGUAUUUCACAUUCGCUUUGCAUCGUCCGCUCUCGCGUGGCUUUUUUCUUUCUGCUGACCUUGCUCUUGCAUCUCUACCGUCCCGAUGAUUCUGUCAGAGGAGGUAACAGUGCCGAACACUCAGAGCGCAGACGCCGCAGCAGCAGCCCAGAUCACCCCAAGCGCUCGACGAGGAGGCUUUCUAUCCAGUCCAUUCCGGCGAGGCUCUGUCCAAAGCACAGGAAGUGCUGCGAACGCAGAGCCAGUUUCUGCUGGCUUUCUCGAAACAAGCGCUACUUCAACAAACCCCAGCUUAGCGCCGCCAUUUUCAGGUCCGCCCACAGGCCAGCGCUUUUUUCCAAGAAGCUUGACCACCGACGCACCUGCUUUGGCUGCUCAUGCACCAGCCGGUCCGAUCCUUCGCAGGCCUAGCGCUCAAGCUCACCAGAGCCGAGCGCCGCGGAGCGUGACCUACCACCCCGGCGCGGGCGACACCUCGGGGCUGGACUAUGCUAGUGAAGGUGAGGCCAUCAGAGCCCUUAAUGCUGGCUCAUCAGGAUUUCACCUAGAGGGUCGCAGCUAGUGAGUGGGUCGAUCCCUCGCGCCUCUGCACGGUCAUGCUCACGCUCAUGAUCAUCCUCACAGUCGCUUUCAGCCUGGUACGGCGGACGGCGGGCUUUACGGGCGGUCUUACACCGCCACACAGAAUACGAUCCGCGAUAGCACGGCACAACUGGCUGGGAUGGCUCUGAUGUCUGAUGAUGAGGGAAGCAACGCAUCGCAGUCUCGUAUCGAGGAGCGAGAUGAGCCAGAAAGUGGUGCAGCAACACCACCUGACGCAAAUCUGGCUGGUGAUUCUCUUCAGAUCGGACCUCAAUCAUUCAAGCCCUCGUCAUUUGCCAGCAACACAUCCCAGCAGCGCGGCCCUAGCAAUCUGAGUAGGGCUUUGGAUCUUAAUGGCGGCUUAGCGGCAGCUGUCGACAUUCCAUCGGCGAGCAAUGAGAGCACUCCAGUUGCUGGUGCACGCUCGCCAAACGUCACUGUAGACUCACAAGGGGCAACAGACGACACCACGCCCCGAGCCGGUCUCGCACUCGCAGAUCUCGAAGCUGGAGAAGCGACUCCGUUGCUUCGGGCGAACGAAUCUGCUUCAAAAGCUCGAGCUCGUCAACCUGCGUACGGGGCUGCCUCCUCCGCGAAGAGCAGAGGAUGGUCAAGGUCGGACGCGCGCUCUGCCUAUUCCAUGGGCGCAUCCGCCAUCUCCGUCCCUGGCAUCCACGGGGAGCACGGCGCUGAAGAUGCGCAUGCGGGCGAGUCUGGCUUCAGCGUCAGGUCAUGGCGUGGCGCUCAGAGCGCCGGUCACGACAUGAGUCAGUCCGUUUACGGAUCAGGAGUUCUUGCUGCUGCUAUGGCAGAGGCAGCAGCUGAAGAGGCGCAUGGACGAGCUCGGACGCCCGUCGCUCCUGACGCCUCCUACACAUCCCAAGGCCAUGCACUUGCUAUUGGAAGCUCAGAGACGAAUCAGUGGUCGCAGCAAGCCUUGCCGCCCUGGUGGGGGCUUUUGCCGACGGGUCUGCGACCGGGAAAAGGGACGAGGAAGGUGAAAGACAUGUCGAACCCUUUCAAUCAUCUCCGCAAUGCCUUCGAGUCCCUCAAGAAGCUGACCUGGCGGGACGUCGGAAAUGCCAGCGUCGAACCGGUGCGACUUUUGCCCGCUGUCAUUUUGGGACUUUUGCUCAACGUGCUCGACGGCGUUUCUUACGGACUCAUCAUCUUUCCAAACUCGUACCCGAUUUUCUCUGAGUUCGGAGGCGACGGCGUAUCUAUGUUCUUUGUCACCUGCGUCAUUAGUCAACUCGUUUACUCUCUUGGAGGUUCCAUCUUUCGCGGAGGUAAUGUGCGUUAUCGUUGGACUGCGGUCACGCAUCGCAGUGCAGCUCUUUGACGCUAUCACCUACCUUCUCUCCACUCCAGGGCUCCAUGAUGAUCGAGGUCGUGCCCUUCUUCCACAUUCUGGUGCAAGGCAUUAUCAAUGAGCUAGGGGACGAGGAUGCCGCAGCAGUCAUCUCGACCACAAUCGUGUCGUUUGCCCUCUCUUCCAUCUUUGCUGGUGUCGUGUUCUUGCUGUUGGGAUACUUCCGACUCGGCGUGCUCAUCGGGUUCUUCCCGCGGCACAUCCUUGUCGGCUGCAUCGGCGGUGUCGGUGUAUUCCUGAUCGAGACUGGCAUGGAGGUGGCCGGCCAACUCAAGUCUGAGGGAGGUUUCAAUUGGGAUCUGCCGACCUUCCAGUACUUCACUCAGAGCUGGGACAUGGUGGCUCAUUGGGCCCCAGCACUUGGUCUUGCCGUUCUGCUCAGACUUAUCACCGCCAAAUUCCACCACCCGCUGAUCUUUCCGGCGUAUUUCUUGGUGCUGCCAGUGCUCUUCUACGCAUUCGUGGUUGGUGCCGGUCGACAAUCUUUGCCAUUCCUUAGAGAUCAUGGCUGGGUGUUCGACAUCGGCGAUGCCGGCAACACGCCAUUCUGGAGAUUCUACACCUACUUUGACUUCCGCAAAACCAGUCUCACGGCUCUCUGGUCGACCAUGCCGACGCAACUUGCGCUCACUUUCUUUAGCAUUCUGCACGUCCCACUCAAUGUCCCCGCGCUCGCUGUUAGCGUCGGUGAGGAUAACCUCGACACCGAUCGCGAACUUGUGGCGCACGGUGUGUCGAACAUCUUGGCGGGUCUGCUUGGAUCUGUGCCAAACUAUCUCUGCUACGUCAACUCCGUCCUCUUCUACCGCGUGGGCGGCGGAAGUCGCCUUUCAGGAGUAAUGCUGGCCGCUGGUACUGCAGGCAUCCUCAUUGCCGGUCCAGGGGCUAUCAGCUACCUGCCUAUCGUCGUGGUGGGAGCUCUUAUCUUCGUGCUUGGCAUCGAUCUUGUGAAAGAGGCGCUAUGGGACACGAUUGGACGAGUGAAUCGUUGGGAGUAUUUUACAAUCGUGGCAAUCAUUGCGGUCAUGACAUAUUGUGAGUCGAGAUGCCGCAGUGUCCCCCUUCGCAGCACCGGACUCAGGCUCUUUUUUUUCGGCCGCAGAUGACUUCGUGGUAGGCAUCCUGGUAGGCAUCAUUCUCGCUUGCUGUUUCUUUGUCAUUCAGACGUCCAAGCGCAGGGUCAUUCGGGCAGUGUUGGACGGUAGCAUUGCCAGAAGCACGGUUCGCAGGCAUGCAACUCAAAGGCAUUUCCUUGAUGCCGUAGGCAGUCAAACACAGAUCGUCAAAUUGCAGGUGCGUCGCAGUCCCUUGCGUUCAUAUGGCUAGUCUGCCCAUCUGAUGGUCACACCUCACUCUACACAGGGCUUCCUGUACUUUGCAAACAUUUCCUCCGUCGAGGAGCUGAUACGGCGAGCUCUUGACAUUGCAGCUUGGCAGCGCAACCCCAUUCGUUUUCUCAUCGUCGACUUUAGCUUGGUAUCAGGCAUCGACUUCAGUGCAGCGGAGGCCUUCACCCGCGUUUCACGCCUGCUGGACGCCAAAGAUGUAGUCCUGGUAUUCUGUGGACUAGCGCCUGACAGCGAGGUCGGCGAUGCUCUUCGCGCAGUCGACAUCCAUGAGGGAGUCAGGCUAGAGAUCUUCCAGCAUCUGAACGAGGCUUUGGAGUGGACCGAAAACCAAUUUCUGCGCAGCAUGUACGCGUCGGGGCUUGCUGCAGGCAAACAAUUCACGCAGGCGUCGGUGGCUGCUGGCGAUGGUCUCGAUAUGCCGGACAAGAAGAGAAAGCCUGCAUUCGUGUUGGAUGAAGCCUUUGAAAAUUCUCCGCGCAGGCAUCAUCUGCAAGAAGCCGCGAUAGAAGCUGCAAAAGGGACCUCGGACGCAAUGGCUGCUGUGCGAGCUGCUGCUGGUGUUGAAGAAGGCGGAACAAAUCCCUCCACGUCGGCUGCCGCUCCCAGCACUCCCUCAGAGGUUGCCAUCCAAGCUCCACCAGCUCCACGUGUGCAGCCUCUUCCCCUCCUCAUGGCAACUUUUCAGGCUUACAGAGAUCCCCAGGCGGGCGAAAAGGUCUUCAUGGAGCUCGCGAAGAGCUUUGAACCUCUUCACUUGUCCGCUGGCGAGACGCUUUGGGAGCGCGGUGAUGAAUCUGACGCGAGUGAGUCAGAAGAAUUACUCGUGCGACCAGCACGUGACCUGACACUCUACUCUGAACCCUCUUGCACAGUGUAUUUGAUUGAGGCUGGCAUCUUGAAAGCCAGGUACGACUUCCAAGAGGGGUACGAAAUCAACGAAGCGAUGCUUGCGGGCACGAUUGCUGGCGAGGUGAGUUUCUCGGACGUGAUUAGCGGUGCGCGCUUGCCGACACGCAGCGUGGCUGACUCUUGCGCAAACUUUUUCAUUGCGGACUGGCAGAUGACGUUUCUUGCGCGAGAACCUCGCAACACGACUGCUUUUGCGGACUCGGACUGUACGCUUUGGCGCAUGGACAGGAGAUCGCUUUCGGAGAUGGAGAAUGGUUCUGCAAAGACGUUUAGCAUCUUUAUUCGCAUGCUUUUGCGAGCUUCGAACGAGGAGAGCGCUGGAUUGAUGUCUUAUCUAGUCAGCAGGUUAUCCUGA